AUGUCUCAACUGAAAGUAAAAUUCAACUGGAAUCUGCGCUCGUCGAAGUGUAAAGAAAAGACUGACAUAAAACAGAGCAGGACGUGUACGUAUGUGAAGCAUCUCAAGGAAUCAAAUGUUGGAAAAUAUUAUGAACUGAAAAAGAAAGAUGCUGACCGUAAACGUGAGGCAUAUGUGCCUGCUGAUUCCUUAUCAGAUUUGGAGCUGGAGCAGCAACGGAAAAAGUGGGCUAAACAAAAGAAGGAACAGCGAGAAAAACAGAAACGAAAACGUGAGGAUGAACUCUCUCAAGUUGUAGAAAGCAUUCAGGAUGAGCCUCCAAAGAAACGGUUUAAGGAUUUGAAUACUGAAGAAAGGAAAGCUUACUUUCGCGAAAAAAUGGCGGAAAAGCGCAAGAAGACUUCCAAGCAGAAAGAAAUGGUGGUGCGUAGAAAAGACAGGGCUACGAAAAAAGCUUCUUGUGCUGGUGAGCAAAAUGAUGUUCCUUCCAGUUCCACUCCCUUGAAUUCAGAAGGAAGUCCUAAACCAAGUAGUAGUAGAACCACACUGUUCAGAGCAAAAAAGAAAAUACUCCUGCAUAUGCCGAAAACGCCCAAAUCCUACAGUCGUGUUUGCCAUGACCUUCUGCGCAGUGGGCCAGCCAACAACCAAGCUAAAAAAAAACUUGCUUUCCCUGAAGUAAUGAAAGAGAAUGUCAAGAAAGUCAGAACAAGACCAACGAACAAGAAUCGGGCAUUUCUAUAUCAACUGGGGAAAUGCGUCACCUGGAAGUAUGGGCGAAGAUCACUAGGUCUUUCAUGGAGAACUUGGAAAGCCGUCAAAGCAGAAAAAGAUGUUAAGAAGAUGCAUCGGAGAGGAAAGGUAAUACCACAAGCCACCAAAGAACUAGUCCAAGAUUUCUGGUGGUCUUCGGACAUUUCACGCCAACUUCCACUGAAGAAAAGAGUCAAAAAGAACCAGGCAGCUUUUCUCUUUGAAAUGAGCUAUAUGCAGGCCUACUUGAAAUUCCGAUCCGCGAAUCCAACAGUGAGGAUUGGCUAUGUGAAGUUCGUGGCACUCAAACCAUGGAAUGUUCGGAGAAUGGGGGCAUUGGAAAGGGUGGUGUGUUGCUGUCAGAAAUGCCAAAAUAUAAAGCUGAAAAUACGUGCUUUGAACCAGGCUGCGACUGCAACAGGGCAUAGAGAAGCGAAGAUUCAAGAAGAUGACCUCGCUCAAAUUUCAAAGAUUACCCUCUGCAAGGAGAGUGACUCUAAUCGACCAGCAGCAAAAUGCAUCAAUCGGGAGUGUACUGUGUGUGGUGUCAAGAAGAUUUCUGAACACUUCAGGGAAAUGAAGACAAACAACGGAAAUAAAACCGUCAAGUAUGAAAUUUGGUUGCGUGUCAAAAAAACGAAGGAUGUGAAAGGGGUUAAGAAGGAAAUAACAGUGACUGAGCCAGUGACAAAAGAAGCCACCGUUGGAGAGUUGAUUGAUCUGCUUGAGCAAGGCAUGGUAGAGAUCAGUGCACAUCUAUUUCGAGCAGCCUGGCAACAAAAGUAUUUAAAGAAGGCCAAGACCGAGAUGAAACCUCAUUCUGCCGUGGUUGUCAUCGAUUUUGCAGAAAAUUAUUCGUGCACCAACCAAGACGAAGUGCAAAGUGGUCAUUGGGGCGACAAGCCACAAGCUACAAUUCACCCGGUGAUGGCGUUCAUAAACAAGGGAAAUGAUCAUGGGCCAUUCACCCACAAGGCAGCACUAAUUUUCAUCUCAGACGAGAAGAAGCAUGAUGCCGACGCCGUUGCAACCUACAUGUCUAUUGCGUACCCAUAUCUUCGAAAAGAAUAUGGUGUAACACAUGUUGAGGAGUUUUCUGACUGCUGCGCUGCGCAAUACAGGUGUGGCAAGAGUUUUGCUGACUUUUCUUUUUACGAACAUGAUUUUGCUGUUAGUGUUCAGCACAACUACUUUGAGAGUUCACACGGAAAGUCGUCAGCUGAUGGCUUAGGUGCGGUGGUAAAGCACAGGGCUACGGUGGCUGUUACAAGACGGCAGGCUACCAUCAGGAAUGCCGAAGAGCUGUAUCAGUUCUGUGUUACAAAUUUUUCGGAUGUUGGGCAGUCAUGUUUCCCAGCUGAGAGGAAAAAGUACACAAGUUCGGCUCGAAAGUUCUUCUAUGUGAAAAAGGAGGAUAUAGAACAUCAGAGACCAUCACGUGCUGUCAAAUCUGUUCCCGGAACAAUGAAAAUUCACUGCCUGAAGCCAACUGGUCAGCCAUACCAGAUAGAAACGAGAAUCCUGUCAUGCUUCUGUCAAACCUGUGCCAUCAAUCCAGCAGUUGGUGUCUGUGACAAUCGAGAGUAU